AUGACCUUCGACACAGGAUUUGAAUGCUAUGACCGAGUUGGUCAUGAGGAUCCUGUGCUUAUAUGGGACACAGUCCCACAGUUCCACUCGGCCAUGCGGAUGCCUGUCGAGCGACCAGAUGCUGAUGGACACUUUGGUGACCAUCUGGUCGAAACGUCUGCUUAUGCAGUGGAAUGCUGUCUUUCUGAACAGUUCGCUUACACUUUAGAAGUGGCCACGGGUUUUUGA